CACCCUGGGAUAGAGCAACCUGCCAACCGACGGGAUAGUCGUCGUUUCGCUGCGCUCGUUGCUGGUCGGCAUCGUUCGCCGCAGUGGUGUGGGUUGUGCGCUGUGUUGUUGGGCCGCGCGUGUGCUUUUGUGCGCGUGCCAUUCCUGUGGAUUAAACCGCUGCCACCGUUGGAACAGGUUGAGGCAGCAGGUGGUGUAGUUCCUCCUCUUCUGUUCCACCUCAAGGGUGCACGGCUGAGACAUGGUGGACUACUACUCGGUCCUUCUAGUUGCCAGGACUGCCACCACAGAUGACAUCAAGAAGGCGUACAGAAAGUUGGCGUUAAAGUGGCAUCCUGACAAAAAUCCAGACAAGAAGGAAGAAGCUGAACGACGAUUCAAGGAAAUCUCUGAGGCCUAUGAAGUUCUUUCCGACGAAAAGAAACGCAAAGUGUAUGACCGGUAUGGCAAGGAGGGCCUGAACGGCACAGCAGGUGGCACACGGUCAGGUGCCCGCCACAACCAUCAUCACUUCAAUGGGUGCCCGGGUGGUGUCGGCGGAUUCUUCGACGAUGGGUUUGCCGCACCAUUCUUCAGCUUCACCUUCCGGGACCCGGAGGAAGUGUUCCGGGAGUUUUUUGGCACAGACUCAUUCCACAUGUUCUUUGACAACCCCUACACCGCUGCAAACACGGGUCGCCAGCAGCAGCAUCUUCACAAUCAAGCUAGGCACGGACACUCGCCUUUUCUGAGUCGCCACCGGGCAAAUGUUGAGGGUGGAGGUCGCAGGGCUGCGGCCCGUAACCGUUUCUUGCACGGACAUUCAGCUGCAGCGGUUAACAGGAGAGAUGACUUCUUCCCGAUGACUGGCUUCCCUAUUCCAAACCUUGGCUUUCCUGACAUCUUUGGCGGAUUUGAUGGGUUCACGUCGGUAACAACAUCCACAUUCAGCACUGACAUGGGAGCAAUGCGGCCAGGUGUGCGAAAGACGACGACGUCUACACGGUUCGUCAACGGCAAAAAGAUAGAGACCAGGAAGGUCUUGGAAAAUGGUGUGGAGACGGUCACUGUGCACGAGGACGGCGUCCUAACAAAAAAGACUGUCAAUGGCCAAGUUCAAGCACUGGGAUAUAACAAGCACUAGUGAAAAGGACAUUUCCAGCUCCCACAUUGGCCCUGUGUGCUAGGCCUUUUUGAUGGAACCUAUGUAGGGUUUCUGCCGGAGUGCUGUGCACAUAAAAGUUUUGAAUGACUAGAAAGCUCCAAGGGGUAGCAGUGGCCAGCUGUUGGAAGACAACUCCUGAAGCGUGAAAGAUGUGUUGAACUGUGUGCGGUUGUGUGUGCGUGAAUGCUGUCAGAUCUUCUCCUGUCGUCUUCAUUUGUCUCUUCCCCCCGUACCUUUCCUUUUUUUUUUUCUACACAUAUUUGGCACUUCUUUCUGCUAUUAUACGUAUAAAAGCAGUGAAAAUUCUUUGAUUGUGAACAUUGUGGCUCAUUUCAUGCAGUUGAUUUUGGGGACCAACAUCUACUUUUUCCUUUCGUGUAGCUGAUAUCAGAAAUAUAGGUCACUGAAAGGAAGGCGCCAACGGAAGGAAUGUCCUGUCUGUCACAGAACUAGCAAAGAAUGCUCAUAGUAUUGUUAAGAUGCAUGAUUGACAAAAAAAGCUUCAAGUGUACAUGCCUUGUUUCCUUCAGGAUGCACUGUGCUUGUAAUGAGACAUUUUGUGCUCCUUGCCCUCAUUGAAAUUUGAUGUUGCUGAAUGUAGUGCUCCUGUUGUCUUUAUGAGGUUCUAAAUGUUUAGGGAAGGCAUCUGCAGUGAUCUCAAGAACAAAAGUCUUGGAGGUUAGUUAUCAUGGUGCAUAUGGUUCGUUAUGUAAUUAGCGACAAAACAGGUUGCACUUGCGACGUUGCAGUUGUGCCUGUCGCGUCUCCACAGGGCCACUGCAGGUAUAUCUGGCUUCUAGUCCUUGAUAUUCUCCUUUCAAGCUCCCUUGGCGCACUAGAGUUUCACACAUGGCUUUAGUCUUUGGAAUGGUCAACAUGUGGAUGAUUGAUUUUUUUCUUUACGUGGUAUGUAACCAAUAAACUCAACACUUACCACAGCAUGUGUCACCUAACGUUUGUGUACUGUACAUCUGGAAAGAUAUCGUUGCUCUGCACUCUGUAGUUGUAGAAUCGGGACCACCUUUGUUGAAAUUUUUCUAUGCAUAGAUGAGUGGUCUCUGUUACUGUAGGUACUCGAUGUAUGGGCAGGGCACAUUUAAUUUACUGGCGUCUUUUGUUUACAUCUGUUCUCACUUAUGUUAAUGCUGUCUCUACUGGUGUGAUGAGAGUUAUGUGUGCUGUACAGUCUUCUUUUUUCAUAUAUUAUUGGUUAUAAGCAUCACUGAUAUGUAAAAACAUUCCAUGCUUACUUGUGAAAGACCCCCGGAGGGGCGAUGCAGGAACACUCUGCUGUGUGUCUUCGUUGAGUCUGUAAGGCAUUUCUCCUGCAAACCCAGUUUUAUUUAAAACUAAAAGAUAAGGGGUUGCAUACUUGUUCAGGAGUCAGUGUUGUCUGUAAAUACUUGUAACUUGUGUGAAACUAGCUACUUUUAAAUUAUAAUGCAGUUCCAUUGUUGCACACACCACUGAAUGUGUUUAGUCUCGGUCAGGUUGCAGGUGUGUUCAGUAUGUAAAUAAAACUAAUAUGCCAUCCUU